AUGGGGACCCUGCUCAAUCCCCCUGUUAUUGAGCUGACGAAUUGGAUUGCCGCUACCGUUACCCCUAAUUUGUGGGGACCAAUCGCCCCAUCGGUCGAGAGAAGCCUUGUCGUCGGUGUUGAAACACCGAUUUUGCUACUUCUGAGGUUCACACGACCCCAUAUUGAUAUGCCGUCUAUUGAUAACUGCAUUCAAGGAUAUAAUGGCAUGACCCACUGCCGCGUCAUCUGGUAA